GAAAUACUUCAUGUUUCCCUUAAUGAAAACGAACAAGAUGGCAGUAAAUUUAACAAACUUUAGCAAUUUGAGGGAAAUAAAAAAGGACUUACAGUUAUGCGCUAACAAAUGUAUGGCUCGAGGUUUGAUACACACUGCUAAAUGGGCUGCAGAUCUUUCAUUAAGUAUACAAAUCAGUUUACCGAAUGAUAUUCGUCAUAUUAAUGAAGAUCCCAGGUUCUUGACAGAAUAUGACAGUUAUUUAAUGGGGAAAACAUGUUUUGACUCAAAAGAAUUUGAGAGAGCAGCAUUUUAUCUUGAAAACUGCACUAGCGAUGAAUGUUAUUUUCUCAAAAUCUACUCAUUGUAUUUGGCUGGUGAGAAAAAGAAAAAUAAUGAGAAAACAGAUAUUCUUGGACCUCUUGAAAAGAAUACAAUAAAAAAUAAAAAUCUUUUGCAACUUAAAAAUGAACUUAGUAAGAAUCAAAAGUCUUUGGAUGGUUUUUCAUUUUAUUUAUUUGGUGUUGUUUUGAAGGAAUUAGACUUAAAACAAGAGGCAUUGGAAAUGUUUGAGCAAUCUGUAGGAAAAGAACCUUUGCUUUGGUCUUCAUGGCUAGAAAUAGCUCUUCUAUAUAGCACAAAAGAUAAGGCUAAAUACAUCAAGAAUCUUCCAAACCACUGGAUGAAAUCACUGUUUGAUGCACAUGUUGCGAUGACUCAACAACAAAAUUUUGAAGCACUACAAAUGUACUCUGAAUUACAUGAUCAUUGCUUUCAAACUAGUUUUUACAUUCUCUCACAACUUGCCUUGGCUCAAUAUAAUUUGAAAGAUUUCGAUGUUGCUGUAACGUCGUACGAAGAAAUCAACAAAAUUCAUCCAUAUUGCCUAGAGAAUAUGGAUACAUACUCUAACAUACUCUAUGUUAAGGAAAUGAAGCCUGAACUAAGCCAUUUAGCUCAUCAUUGUUUUGAAAUCGACAAAUAUCGCGUUGAAACUUGUUGUGUUGUAGCUAAUUUCUACAGCUUGCGUCAAUGUCACGAGAAAGCAAUAUUAUAUUUUCAACGAGCAUUACGUCUAAAUCCACGGUAUCUGUCAGCGUGGACAUUAAUGGGACAUGAAUAUAUGGAAAUGAAAAAUACAUCAGCCGCCAUCGAGUCAUAUCGUCAAGCAAUCGAGGUGAGCCCGCGAGACUAUCGUGCUUGGUAUGGACUAGGACAGACUUACGAAAUCAUGAAAAUGCCUCUGUAUAGUUUGUAUUACUUUUCUGAAGCUCAACGAUUGAAACCAAACGAUGCUCGAAUGAUCAUUGCACUUGGAGAAUGUUACCAGAAAUUGAGUCGUGUUGAUGAAGCAAAGAAGUGUUAUAGACGAGCGAUUGGCGUCGGGGAUGUUGACGGUAUUGCAGUGUUACAAUUGGCUAGACUUUAUGAACGACUCCAGGAGAAUGAAGACGCAUGCAGAUACUAUAUGACUUAUACAAAAAAAGCAGAUAUUAUAGGAGUACUUUCUACGGAAGAUGUAUCUGGUGCUUAUAAGUUCUUAUCUCGUCAUUUUAUCAACAAUAAACAAUAUGCAGAAGCAUCAAAAUAUGCACAGAAAUGUUGUGAUUAUUCUGAGACUCGUGAAGAUGGAAAGACGAUGCUUCGUGAGAUAUCGGAACUCCGAUCGUUGGCCGAGUGUACUUCGACACCUGUCAAUUGUACUUUGUCGGAGAGCUGGCAGCGUCCAUCGACAGAUGUGCAGAUAUCUCCAAUGAAUCUGACAUUUUCUCCUUGAUAAUAUAUCUUCGUCAGUAAAUAAUUAUCAUUUAUUUAAGAAGAAGAAAUGCGUUAAUGAAUGAACUCGAAGGAUUUUAAAAAAGAAGUUGCUACGACAAAAUAUGCAAACGGCAAAUAUCAAAAAAUAGAUUGAUUUGAUAAAUCCUACUGAGAUAUCGUCAGCACAAUCAAAUAACCCAUCUUCAUUCAUGUCUUCGCUCAACUUAAUUACGUUGAGUAGAAAAUGAAUGCGGCGUGUUUAGCAGUGUUGAGAUAAAGUUUAUUGUUGACAUUUGGGAAGAAAAAUCUCAAAGGUUUAAAUCCUUAACCUUCAAAAUAGUCCAAGAAGUUAAAUUCAUCUAUGAACAGUUACAUUAUGAUAAUAUACAGCAGAUGUUCUCUUACCGCAGUCGUUCAAUAUUUUAAUACACCUAACCGUCAAGGUUUUAUAUAGAAUACUGACGCGAUCCUUUCUGAAACAAACUUAUAUUAGUACUUACAUACAUAUAGAGGAGAGAGUACCAUUGCAGUCUUGAAUUGUAUUUUUCCAAGACAACUUUCGAGCAAAUUAUAAACAUUAGAGAUAGCAAAAUCUGGAGCGCUCCAACAAUGAUGAAAAGAAGUCUUGCUCCUGUAGGAAAAGCCAUAUUUUUUCUUAAUAUUAAUUCUACUUUGACGAUGUUCACUUCACCAUAGUGUCUAUGAUUGACGUGGAUAAGUAAAACAUUUCUUAUUUUUACAUGUUCUAUCUUGAGUACGAUUUAUUAAGUGAGCGCGCUCUUUUUGACGACAAGGUCUAGUUAAAAUAGAUCACUUUUUUUAACUCAGUCGUAAAGCAUUAGCAUACAAUUAAAUUCAUUUAGCGUUUCA